GUUUGAAAGCGAGACUUGAUCUUCCUCCAGCUUUUUUUUUUCUUUGAGUUGAGGGAACUUUGGUUUUCUCUUUUUGUGUAUGUGUGUAGCGGCUAGGAUUGACAAAUUCCCUUCACCAAAUCCCUGGCACCCUGCCGCUCUGCUGGUUUGUUGGGUGCCCUUUCGUUCUCACCAGUUUUUAGAGCGUCUAUGAGAGAGAGAGGAGUUCUCCCUCGUCAUGGAGGACGGCGAGCAAAGCUUGCGAGCUUAAAACUGUGUUACGAGGGGUGAGAGCCGUCAUAUCCAUCGCCACCGGCCUCUUUUGCCCUCUUGCUGUCUUCUAAGACGCUCUCUCUUUCCUCUCUCUCUCUUUCUCUUUGCAUAUAAGCCCAGCUUCUUUCCAUUCCAACCUUGCAACUCAAAAACUCAGGGAGAGAGAACAAGAGGACGGAGAAGUUUUUGUGUUUCGGUUUCUUCUCUUCGAUUUCGUGAGAGGCACGGAGCAGGCAGGCACGCUGGUAGAAUGUUCCUUAGUGAAAACUAAAUUCAUUCGCAACUGAACCGAGCUUGGGAGAAUUCAUGAUGACAGCUUGCAAGCAUUUGCUCUAGAGGAGGAGCUCUCAAAGUACUUCCCAAAGGCCAUCAUUUUGUUUUUUUUGGUUCCCUUUGGCUUUGGAGCAAGCCAGAUCGCCGCUCGCUCGCAAUGGCCGCUCUCAAAUUGGAAAAUGUGGGGAAGAAAGCUGCUUGGGUGUAUCCGGAAGUCCAAGGUGCAAAUCCUCCCGAGAGAUGGGGACACUCAGCUUGCUUCUCUCAAGGAAUGCUCUACGUUUUCGGGGGAUGCCGAGGAGGCCUACAUUUCAGUGACGUGAUGAGCCUCGACUUGACGACCAUGUCCUGGAGCUCUUUCGCUUGCACUGGCCAGCAGCCCGGCACCCGAGACAGCCACUCGGCCGUCCUCCACGGCCGCAAGAUGGUCAUCUUUGGCGGCACCAAUGGCUCCAACAAGAUCAACGACGUCCAUAUCCUCGACCUCGACACGCACGUCUGGUCGUGUCCCACGGUCGAAGGCCAGGCGCCUCCUCCUCGGGAAAGCCACAGCGCCACGCUCGUCGAUGGCAACAGGGUGGUCAUCUUUGGCGGAACUGGCGAAGGCGAUGGAAACUAUCUCAACGACAUCCACAUCCUGGAGCUGGACAGGAUGCGCUGGGUUUCUCCGGCGGUGAACGGUGAGCUCCCGGUUUGUAGAGACAGCCACACCGCGGUGGCUGUCAAGGACCAGCUUGUUGUCUACGGUGGUGACUGUGGCGAUCGCUAUCUCAGUGAAGUUGAUGUCUUCAAUCUCAAAACCUUCACGUGGUCAAAGAUAGAUACUGCUGGAUCUCUACAGCCGGCUGUUCGAGCAGGCCAUGUAGCUGUUGCUGCAGAGAACAAGGUUUAUGUAUUCGGAGGCGUUGGAGACAGAGCUUACUACAACGAUGUUUGGGUUUUGGAUCUUAGCUCUUGGAAGUGGUCGCAGGCUGAAGUUGCCGGACUCCAGCCGCAAGGACGUUUCUCUCACGUCGCUGUUCUGAGAGACGAUGAUAUUGCGAUUUAUGGAGGAUGUGGUGAAGAUGAGAGACCUCUAGACGAGGUUCUAGUCCUCCACCUUGGAAUCGAGCAACUCAAUCCUGAUUUUCCCAAAUGCAAGUUCAUCCAGACUGUCUACGACAUGGAGCGGCGAAAGCCUUCGGUGGAAGUUAUCAACGACGAUGGUCUCUGCGAUAGCGAGACCAAAGUCUCCAAAAAGGAUCUAAACCUCAACAAGACAACUUCUUUGCCCCCGUGCAAAGAAGAUUUUCUCAACCUCUCCAGCCCGAAGGUCCAAGGAGGUGGCUUCCCAUUUCCUCGGAGCCUCAACGACAUGGCUGAUAAAUCCGGAGGAGCUUCAAGUAUGAGGGCCAGAGCAAGAAAGUUGCCGUUCCAGUACAUGGAGCAUCUCACCAGCCUUGAAAAUGGUUUUCACGCGAAGAAGCGAAAAACAACAAAUCUCAUGGGAAGAAUGGAGGGCGGUGUCGAGUCGGAGCAAGACGAAGCAUCACCGACGAUGUCACAGCAUCCAUCUCCAACGCUGUCGGACCAAGAUAAAGCUUGUCCAGCGGUGAUGGCGAAGCCAUCGACGAGGCCACCAGCGAUCUUUCUCCAGCACCAGCAGCAGCAGCAGCAACAAGAUCACCACAAUCAAGCUCACAAGAAUCACCACCACCAAGACCAGCAGCAACAACACACUGUAAGGUUUCCAACUUUGCAGCUCCAGCUCCAUCUCCCCGGCCACCCCCAGACAAUCUCUCUCCCGGUUCACGAGUCAUCUCACUUGCAACAGUCGUCCCAUCAUCUCGCCGAGCAUUUCACGCAAAAGUCCAUGCAGCACCUUCAGCAGCAGCAGCAGCAAUCCAGUGACAAAGUUCCGAGAACCGCGACCGUGGGAGUGCCUAACAUCGUGGGAUCCGAAGUACGAGGAAUCGUCGACGGUGCAUUCGAUUCUGGUUAUCUUAUGACUGCUCAAAUCAAUGGACAAGUCUUUCGUGGCGUUUUGUUCUGUCCUGGUCCAAGCCAUGCUGCCGUCCAUCGACCACCGCUCUGCAAUUCCCACCCAAAGCCAAGCUCUUCCACAAUCGUGAUGGCGGCUCCCCAGAGCGCAAGCUCCACCCCUCCAAGCCCGGUAAGCGCCACUCUCGUCGGCUACCCCGUCCAUUUCUCCAACGCAGUCGCGGUGGACUCGCCCAAUCGGCCCAAUUUCUCGGAGCCGCCCAAGAGCUUCCACCAUCCUCCUCCUCCCGACACAUCGCUAUCAGUCCGCCCCGUCCAGAUCAUGGGCGGCUUCCCAGCGAUCGUGGGCAAUCAAUCCGGGCGAUGGGUGUGGCAGCCAGGAUUCCCUCCCCAGCAGCAGCCGGAGAAUGGAUCGAAUUUGAGCAUCAUCUCAGUCCCAGUUGCAGUCCCAGUUCCAGCAGCCUCCCCCAAUGUCCCGCCCUUCCCCAGCAAUCUCGUAACAAAGAACCCCGCGGCCCGCGAGCCCGAUUCGUCGCAGCCGGCCGUGACGCUCAGCCUGGGCCAGUCGACGCACGCGCACAAGAUCUAGGCAGGUCCCCUGUUUCUAGGGUUCUUGGGCAGAGUCCCCUGUUUUUAGGAUUCUUGGACCAGUCCCCUGUUUUUAAGGGUUACUGGGUAAGGUCAAAAUUAGGGCAAAGGUGGGACCCAUUGGACCAGGACUGGUGGAAAGUUCCACAUGUCAGAAAAACAAAAUGGUAGUCAAUGGCGCGCUUUGACAUUUC